AUGGCCAAAGUCGCGGUCGGGACCAAGUUGUAUCUCUAUUCUGCGGUACCGCAACAGCACUACUACGCUCACAGUUUGGCCUCACCCAACCCCGUGGGUUCUCGAAACUCGAACAAAAUGUCACAAUUGGAAGAAUCCCCCAUGUUCAUGCAGUCUUGUCGAGACUGCACGUUCUGUGACGGUCUUGCCGAAAAGCCAGAAAAGACGAGGAGUCAAGAUGAUGUUGAUAAAGGAGCAUCCACUCAACCAAUCACUGAAAGGGCGUCCUUCAUGG